AUGUUCCUCCCCGUUCAAAUCUGCCACAGCCGAACAGGAAACACAACAAAGUGUAUAACAAUAAGCCCUCCACAAAUAGUGGUAGAUCACAAUUAUCUAGUGAUGGACGUCCGUUCCCUUGACAAGAGCUGCAAAGACGACGUCGAAGAUUUGGACACUAAGAAGAGGAUAAUGAGCAUGCUCAUUAUGUGUAACUAUUACUACAUCCUGAGCAGUGCGCAGAUCUAUUUUAAGCAUUUUAAACGAUUGAAAUAUUACAAAAAAAUGAAAAAAUAUACGAAUAAACAAGAAAAAAGUUCUGGAAAAAUGCACUUUCGCUCCUUGUCCAGAAUUGCUAAUCGUGCGACAUAUUGCGACCUUUUGCAAGAAGCAAAAAAACAAAAAAAAAAAAAAAAUAUCGCUCAUUUCAAGGACACAGAAAGGGCAAAGGAAGCACAUGCCGAUCGAACAAGCGCGGAUGACCCUAUUCACCAUCACAUGCUCGAUGCAUUUGAAGCACAUUAUAGGGCCAUCAUAGGUACACUCACCAUGGAAAAUGUACAUUCCUUGGCAAAUGAGCUUCAAGAUUUUUAUUUCAUCCCAAAAGCGCGACUUAUUAGUUUACAUUACACAUUAAUUGUAAAAAAUAUGUACGACGAUUUAGAUUUAUUUUUUAAAUAA